AUGUUUGUAUGGAUACUCCUUUCCCUUUUCGCAAUUACCGUCAGUGAAGAGAUGUCGGAAUCAUCAACGUUUGGAAAUAACGACAUAUCGACCGGUACGGAACAACCCGAGAUAGUCAAUCAGUUUUCCUCUGAAAAGAAUAAUUUGAAAAGACGAAGUCCAUCCGAGAUGCAUUCCGGAUGUGUGGACAAACCGAUAUGCGAAAUUUUCGUUCGGCAAGGAUUCUGCAGCAUGAAAUUGCCGGAGCGAGUUCUGCGUAACAUCAUAGCUUUGUCGGAAAACCGUGCUGGCUACCUACAUUUACAGGUGUACUACAGAGGAAUGAUUCUCAUUUUCGUAUUUCUUCUUGCUAUUACGGUCACUGAGAGCAUGGCUUCUGUCGAAGGAAAUUCCUCGGACUUUCACAGUCCAUCAGUAGUUCAUCCUGGAUGCAAGGAUAAGGACAACUGCAAAUCUCUUGUACGGAAUGGGUUUUGCACGAUGCCAAAUAUCUCAAAACGGGUCAAGAUGCAUAACUGCCCAGUGUCGUGCAAUCUCUGCUGA